CAUUUAAAAAUGUAUUAUCAAAGAAUUACUGUUUAAGAAUUUUAGAUUAGAUUUUAAUAGUCAAACCACGACUGUUCAGACGGUUUCCAGUGUCCACUGGAAUUAUAAAAUACUUACUGGGAUUACAACAAAACCAUCAUGACGAGAGCCAAGUUGGAAUUGGGUGAAAUUACUCAUCAUAAUAUUAAACAACUCAAACGGUUAAAUACUGUGGUUUUUCCUGUGUCAUAUAAUGAGAAAUUUUAUAAAGAUGUCCUAGAAGCUGGAGAAUUAGCUAAAUUAGCAUAUUAUAAUGAUAUUGUGGUUGGAGCUGUAUGUUGUCGAAUAGACCAAGAAGUUGGUCGUCGACUUUAUAUAAUGACUUUAGGGUGCUUGUCACAGUAUAGAAGACUUGGUAUAGGAAGUAUGAUGGUUGAACAUGUCUUAAACUAUGUUGAAAAUGAUGGUACAUUUGAUAGUGUUUAUUUACAUGUUCAAUUGAAUAAUGACAGUGCCAUAAAGUUUUACAAAAAAUUUGGCUUUGAGAUAGUUGAAACUAAAGAACAUUAUUAUAAGAGAAUAGAACCAGCAGAUGCUUAUGUGCUGGAAAAACGUCUACGACCUAAAACUAUAAAUGGGAAAAAUGAACAUCAUACCUUAAAAAAAGAUUAAAAUACUGACUAGCUUUCUUAAUUGUUUAUUGUAUUAAUACAUUAUAAUAAUAGAACACAUACUGUAAAUAUACAUACAGUCUAAAAUAAACACACAAAAAAUUGCA